UUCCCCAAUUGAGGCGCAACAGAGUUCACCAGCGAAUGCAGGAACACCGGAAAUAAUAACUAAACCAACGAACGAGAAAUGGUGGAGGCUACCAGAACGAAGAGAGACAUUUUUUCCGAAUAAACGUGUGACAGUACGUUAACUAACUGUUCAAGACCUCUCCCCUUCACUUCACUCUACUGCAGGGUGGGAGAUGCAACAAUGGCCUUGAGAACAGCAGGAAGUGUGUUGGUGGUCUUUCUCUGGUCUGUAGCAGUGGUACUGGGUCAGGAUGGCUGGAGAGUAAAAUACACCACUCAGAGUAUCUGUGCCUUGAAGGGGUCAACAGUGGAUCUGUCCUGCUCUUACACAUAUCCCAGAGGUUAUACAGUCACAACAACCUUCUGGUUCACUAAAAUUUUAAAUCUGAGAGACGACCCAGACUACAAAGAUCGUGUGACGUACCGUAGCGAUAGGAUGAAUGGCCACACCCUGAAAAUCACAGACCUGAGAGAGAGUGACUCAGCUGAGUACAAGUUCAAAUUUAUAACAGAUCAGACUGGAGGGAAGUAUACUGGUGAUCCUGGAGUCACCUUGUCUGUUACAGACCUGCAGGUGAAGGUGACCACUACAUGGUGGUCAACGACACUGACCUGUAGCACCACCUGUGCUCUGACUGGUAACCCCACCUACAUCUGGUACAGGAACAGUAAGAUUGUACAAGGGGCCUCCUCCCACUCAUACUCAGUCUACUUUAAAACUGAAGACAGCUUCUACUGUGCUGUAAAAGGCAUCAAUUCUCCUGCAGUGUCUGUUGGGGGUCACAGUUAUUUCCACGUGACUUACACCCAUCAGAGUGUCUGUACCUUGAAUGGGUCAUCAGUGGACAUAUCCUGCUCUUAUACAUUUCCCAGGGGUCAUACAGUCUCUGAAACAAAAUGGUACACAAAAGGAAAACUUUAUGAGGCGCCUCAAAUCCUGAACCCGGGGUAUGGAGGUCGUGUGGAGUACCUUGGAAAUAUGCAGAGUGACUCCACCCUGAGAAUCACAGACCUGAGAGAGGAGGAUUCAGCUGAGUAUAAGUUUAGAUUCAGAACAGAUCAGACAACCUGGGAGCCCACCUUCCCUGGAACAACUCUGACUGUCACAGUUCUGCAGGUGAAGGUGACUCCUGUCACUGUGUCAGAGGGACAGAAGGUGACACUGACCUGUGGCACCACCUGUACUCUGACUGACAACCCCACCUACAUCUGGUACAAGAAUGGACAUGUAACCAACCAAUCUAACAGUCUGUUCCUAAACCCAGUCAGCAGUGAGGAUGCAGGCAGCUACUCCUGUGCUGUAGAAGGCCAUGAGGAUCUCCCCUCUGCUGAAGAGACUCUCACUGUCACAUAUGGCCCAAUGAACACCUCAGUGUCAGUCAGUCCCUCUGGUGAAAUAGUGGAGGGCAGUUCAGUGACUCUGACCUGCAGCAGUGAUGCCAACCCACCUGUGGACAAAUACACCUGGUACAAGAAGAACGUAACCUCACCAAAAGCAUCAGGACAGAGUUACAGCAUCACUAACAUCAGCUCUGAGGACAGAGGAGAAUAUUACUGUGAGGCCCAGAAUGGAAGAGGAUCUAUUAACUCUACAGCUCUGAUGAUCAUUGUAGCAGGAGAUCCACAGCAGGAAGUGAUGCCACAACAGACACACAGUGUCCAUCCUGAUCCUAACAGUGACACGUACACAGCUCUGAACAUGAAGACCAGGUCACCAGAGUAUGACACCCUGGCAAAUGUGAGGGACUCCCCCACUGUCCCUCAGAUAGAUGCUGAGGCCUCCGAUUAUGAGAACUGAAGAGAACCACAACCUGGACUGAAGAGAACCACCACAGAACCUGGACUGAAGAGAACCACCACAGAACCUGGACUGAAGAGAACCACCACAGAACCUGGACUGAAGAGAACCAC